AUGGCAUCGGAAGAAGAGAUACGAAGCAAUAAGGUUUUGAAUCCUGAUUCAAAAAUGGAACGCUCCAACCCGAUGGAGAAAGAACGCGGACGUCUUGGACGCCGAUGCCAGCCUGUGAUGUAUCACGAAUUGUCAGUUUUGACCUCUCACAGGACUUGGCUGCGACAGGCAUCACUUGAGUUGGACAAGACGAAGGAGAACAACGAAUGGUCAUCCUUCUACAACAUACAUUCGAAUGGAUUGAAGAAACUCAUGCAAAUCGUCAACGAGAUUAUUAAACUUAUUGUCGAUGACGACUCACACUCUCCAAGCCAUUGA